AUGGCAAUGUGCCUUCCUUUACAAGAUGUUUGGGAUGAUGAGGACAAUCCUCUCAUCAUCGUUCUCGCUCUUAUUCUACAUCUUAUUGUUUUUGUACCUCCUCUGGGGACUGUCACAAUGUGGCCAGUAAUAUCAGCGCCUCCCGGAAAACCGGAUGGUGAGAAUAUGCGGAAACGACCUAGGAAAUUACGUUCAGAAUUCAAGAAUUCACCAUCGUUUCCAACAACUUUCAUUCAACCGAGUUCUGAUUCGUCACCGCGUAUGGAUGAUUCCCCUUACAUCAAUGACGGUUCUAGCAUUUCUCUCCUCUCGUCGUACUAUCCUUUAAGACAGGAUUGUGGCGACUCUACUGACCAAACUGUUCCAGAUCACCACGACUCACUUCGUAAAUAUAAAAAGAUGCGAAUUACCCCACUGACUGACGACUACAACCCAAGGGAUAACCUCAGCGAUCAAUAUUUGCGCGAAUAUGAAGCAACACUCGAAAAGUUCAGCUCGAACUGGAACGAACAUGAGCAGUUGGACUUCAUCGAGCGCAUCCUCAAUCGCAUGUCUCAUAAUCAGUUGUUCUUCACUCACAAGUUGAUACAGCCGAUGCUGCAGCGAGAUUUUAUCGCCUUAUUGCCGCAGCACCUUGCCGAGAUGAUCCUUCUUAACUUGGAUGCCCAAACCUUAGCUUCAUGUGAAGCAGUCAGCACGAAAUGGCGAACCGUACUGGCAAAGGGUCAGUUGUGGAGAAAAGUCAUAGAACGAAAUGUACGCACGGAUAAUAUGUGGCGUGGACUGAGUGAGAAGAAAAAGUGGCGUAAAUUUAUUUUGGUCAGUAGAGACUGUGCCGCCCAUGAAAUUUGCGACAACUACAGAGUCCCCUACGAAAUGAUGCGAGGAUCAGCAGAAAUGGUUAUGUUGCAACAUCGAUUCUACAGAGAACUAUUCCCGAAAGUUGUGAACGACAUCGCAAAAAUUGAAUCUAAUUGGCGCAAUGGAGUUUAUAAACUGAGCAGCAUAAACUGCCGUUCAGAGAAUAGUAAAGGUGUGUAUUGCUUGCAAUAUGACGAUGAGAAAAUCGUUUCCGGUCUACGCGAUAACACAAUUAAGGUAUGGAAUCGUCAAGAUUUGAGUUGCGAACGGGUACUGUCAGGGCAUACGGGUUCUGUGUUGUGUCUUCAAUACGACGAAAGAGUUAUCAUUUCGGGUUCAUCUGAUGCAACGGUUCGUGUUUGGGAUGUGGCAACUGGAGAAUGUUUGAAUACAUUGAUUCAUCACUGUGAAGCAGUUCUGCAUUUACGUUUUAAUGAUGGAAUUAUGGUCACUUGUUCUAAAGACCGCUCGAUCGCGGUUUGGGACAUGGUGUCGCCGCGCGAGAUUAACCUUCGACGAGUUCUCGUCGGACAUCGCGCGGCUGUGAAUGUUGUUGAUUUCGACGACCGCUAUAUAGUCAGUGCCUCUGGUGAUCGGACCAUCAAGGUGUGGUCUGCUGAUAGUCUGGAGUUUGUUCGCACACUGUCGGGUCAUAAGCGUGGUAUUGCCUGCUUACAAUACCGCGGACGUCUUGUCGUCUCCGGAUCGAGUGAUAAUUCGAUCAGACUCUGGGAUAUACACUCUGGUGUAUGCUUACGCGUACUUGAGGGACACGAAGAACUGGUACGAUGUAUCCGAUUCGACGACAAACGCAUAGUUUCUGGUGCUUACGAUGGCAAGAUUCGUGUCUGGGACUUGGAAGCUGCUCUCGAUCCACGCUCUUCUCCCAGCUCGCUGUGCCUAAGCACAUUGGUGCAGCAUACCGGUCGCGUAUUUCGUCUUCAAUUUGAUGACUUCCAAAUAGUGAGCAGUUCCCAUGACGACACCAUACUUAUCUGGGAUUUCCUGGUUGAGCCGGCAUCACAAUCGAGUGGUGCUUCUCCGCCCAGUAGCACCCAAGACGAUCCUGCCCCACCUACUGCUCUUCCGUCUAGCUCCGCUGAACGGACAAUUGCUACUGAUGGAGCCUGUAGUCCGCCUCAGAGUCCACCGAGGGACGAUGAUGCUUGUGGACAGGCUGGCCCUAGCACAUCCUAUAACAACAGAUACGAGGGGUGGAACGGAGAUAACGGAUCAGUGCGCUAUGUCCAGAAGCCGAUCUUGCCCCGCCUGUACAAUGGAUUUGAGGACGGUAUGCGCGAAGAGGGCGCUGUAUUAGCGAACAGUCGAGAAGAUCCACGUUCUUUGGAAGUGAUCCAGAUGGAUUCGUCGUCGGACGAGGAGGAAGUGGACACUGCUGCCGCUGGUCCUUCGAAUCGCCAAGGACGGGCCCCACCUGCUAGUCCCGAGCCAUUCGAUAAAGGUGCAUGA